CGCUUGUUUCACUUCGCCGCGGCCUCGCCAUCAUUGAAAAGUAACGGGUGAGGUUGGACUCGAACGUUUUUCGUACAGAAUCGGUUUCUUCGACAAUUCGUCCCAAUGAAGAUGGUAGAUAAAAUCGAAAUGAGCCUCGACGACAUCAUUAAGCAGAAUAAAAGCACGAGGACGCGCGGAAGCCGGCGCGGUAGAGGUGGGCCGGCCCGCCGAGGCGUCCGCGGAUCGCCCCGUCCUGGCGGAGGCGUCAUGCGAGGACGCAAUCGCGGUGGCAUCGCGAGGAAUUCCCUUCCGUACACGAGAGGAGAUGUAAAUAGCGCUUGGAAGCAUGAUAUGUUUGAUGGUGUUAAAAAGGUCGGCAGAGGCGCUAUUGGCAGUACCGGGACGACGAAGCUUCUCGUAUCCAAUCUCGAUUUUGGAGUGUCCGAUUCUGAUAUUCAGGAAUUAUUUAGCGAGUUCGGUCCAUUGAAAUCUGCCGCGGUACAUUACGACAGGUCGGGUCGCUCUUUGGGUUCUGCAGAUGUUAUAUUCGAGCGGCGAGCCGAUGCCAUCAAAGCAAUGAAACAAUACAAUGGUGUACCUCUGGAUGGACGAGAAAUGAAUAUACAAGUUGCUACCUCGGAAAUACCAAUUACGUCUUCUAUUCGCGGUGGUAACAGACUUAGCGGACCUAAUUAUCCACCUCGAUCGCAACCACGUUUCAGAGGAGCUCGAGGGGCAAUCGCCAGAGGUCGCGGUACCGGGCGUCGCGGUGGGAGGGGAGGUAGUCGGCCAACGACUAAAACACCAACUGCUGAAGAACUAGAUGCAGAAUUGGAAGCUUAUGUCAAAGAAGUGAAGUAACACAUCCUUACCCUAAGCAACGUACAUCUGACUUAAUCUGUUUUUCUCAUUUGACAUACACAUCGCAAUGUGUUUCCUUUAUUUUUCGUACCUCUUAAGAUAUACGCGUAACCGUAUGAAAAAGAAAGCAAGAGUUAUACAGUGAUUUCUCUUAAAGUGAAUUAUUUUAUUUAUAACGUUUACUCCUGUUAACACUUCCAAUAGAGAGGAAGCCACGAAGGAGUUACUUAGCACACGAUUCAAAGUGUUUGUAGGAGCUCUCAUAAUCUCCCUUUUUUUUUAAUCGCAUAUUUGGGAAGAAUAAAUCGUUAUGAUACAAUGUAAAGCCUGUACGGACUUUGUAUGUACUAUCGUGCGUGUGAGACCAUGAACUGGAAAAUACACUAAACUACAUAUCCAACAGUGUUGUUUAUCAGAGUA